CAGUGACAAGAGCCUCUCUGCCAUCACAAGCACAAAAUGGCUGCCACAUUUCAAUCUUAAGCUACCACCUUCUUCUCCAUCUCAUGGCAAUGGUGAAAUCAACUAUGACCUUCUCCAUGCCCAGGCCAUGCCUCCCCACUCCUACUCUUCAUUCAUCUAAACCAAAGACUUAUCAGCGUCCCAAGUGGAGCAUCAGCAACGGAAGAGCCUCCUCAUUCAAAGUGAAGGCUUUGCCUGAUUUGACUCUCAUGGCUGUCAUGGUAGAGCAUGCUUUUCUCCAGAGAGAUUUCUACGUUCAUAAGACUGUGUGGCAUCUCAGUGAUGAGGCUAUCAAGAACAUCUACACCAUUUAUAUAAUGUUCACUGUCUGGGGUUGCUGCUUCUUUGGAUCCACUAAAGACCCAUUUUAUGAUGGAGAACAGUACAGGAAAGACGGAGGAGAUGGAACGGUGCAUUGGUACUAUGAAAAGCAAGAAGAUAUAGAGGAAACUGCCAGAGCAGAGCUAUGGAGAGAGGAACUUAUCGAAGAAAUCGAGAAGAAAGUUGGCAGUUUGAGAGAGCUAGAAGAGGCUACCAAGUAGUAAGAACUUGUAUGAAAAUAAUCCAUUGUCUGUAAAAGAAAAAUAAUGAUAGCUUACUUUAUUGCAAUUUGAAAGAAAUACAAGUAAUGAAGUACAUUAGAAUAA